AUGCUCAAAUUUCAAAAGAGAUCGAAACAUGAAAUCAAAGGAUGCUUUCUUAACUUAGUCAAUUCUUUAGAUUUUUUUGGACAACCUCCUUUUUUUAGAAUAUUGAAAAGAUAAAAAUUUAACACAGUCUUAGGCCAUAUUUUAACAAUACUCUUAUUAAUUGUUUGUGGAUUAUACAUGUAUUACUAAAUUUAAGAUUUGCUCAAUCAUGGAACCCCAAACAUAAUCAUUUCUGAAACUCAACCAUUCAACAUGCCUGUAAUUCAAAAUUUUAUUUUAGGCAUUUACCCUUGAUCCUAAGAAUUUUACAUUUGUAAUUAGUAUCACAGAUAUUUCUCUCAUGUCUCUAUCAACAUACAAGAAACAUUUUGAUGUAGUACUUACUGCCUGUAAUCGAACUCGUUUUUAUAAUGAAACAAAGCAAGCUUAAGAUGUUUCAUUAGAGUAAAUUACUUUCAAAAUAUUUUAGAUGUCGCAAUAUACCUUUAGAAAGUUGCAAUUUGGAUAAGCAUUUUCCCUAAGAUUACCAAAAGAAAUUCUUUUAGAAGUUUCUUUUAAAAAACUUGUUUUGCAUCAAUUAAACUGUGAGUGAAGAAAAUCCACCUGUAAAACUUUUAUAUUAAUAUUUAAGUAACUUUAAGGAUACUCAAAUUCAGAUACCUUCUAAUUUUUGCAAGUUUUAUUCAUGCCAUGUAGAAAUUCAUCAGUUUACAGUGGAUGUGAUUCUCCUGAAGAAAUUUAAACUGCUCUUAAGACAGGUUACUAUACUAUAUACAUGGGAGAUACCCUAUUAAAAUUAGAUAACCCUGGAAGACCAUAUGAAGAAGUUAUUUCUGUAUAGUUUUCUUCAUUUUCAUCAAGCCAAUCCAAAUAAAUUUAGUCUAAUUUUAAGAUGAUAGAAACUAAGACUGAUAUAGGUUUAAUUAGAUAAGAUAUUUAAACAGAAUUAGCACUACUAUAAUCAGCCUCAAAAGAUUUCUAAUCUUAAUAUAAUCAAGUGUCUUAUAUUGAAAAUCUAAUAUUUAUGGAAUAGAGAGUUGGAAAUUAUAAAAGAUCAUACAUUAAGCUAUAAAAUAUUUUAGGUAAUGUUGGAGGACUUUGGCAAUUAGUUGCUCUUACUAUUAGUACUUUAGUAAGUCCUAUAGUGGCUACUUUAAUGAAUUUGUAAAUGGCAAAUCGUCUAUUUAAUUUUGAAAACUAUUUGGAUAAAGAAUCUCAAUCAGUAUCACAUUCAAUGGGUAAUUUAAAUGAUGAUCAAAUUUAGAAUGAUUUCAUUAAAGAAGGUAAUAAUAAAUUGGGAAAUAUAUAAAAAAAAACUAAAAAAAAUAUUAAAUAAAUAGAAAAUAGAACUGAAUUAAAAAAAUAUCUAAAACAUAAAAAAAAAUAAUUAGAGAUUGGUUUGUUUGACUUGUUUUGUAUGAAUUUAGGAAUUUAGAAAUCUUAUAAGUAAUAAAUUUAAUACUCGAUUUAAAAAAUUUUUAAUAAGUUGGAUGUAGUUAAUAUAUUAAACAAAAUGCAAGAGAUAGAUAAAUUGAAGUACGUUCUUUUAAAUAAAGAAUAAUUAGAAUUAUUUAAUUAUAUUCCUAAACCAUUAAUUCCAUCAGAUAUGUUUUCCAAAGAUUUUGAGAAGAAACUUAAUGUACUGGAAGAAAAAAUUGAAUUUUAAUUUAUUUUAUAAGAAGAAAAAUCUGAUCUUUUUAAAAUUGAAUCUGCUUUUUAUGCUUAUAUGAAUUUAAAUCAAAAAAAGAAGCUCAGUGAAAUAGAUAAAAAUAUUUUAGAACUGGUUGGUGAGGAUAUGAUUUCUAUUUUUGAAAAAAUCAACAAAAAUUAAGAUGAAUUUUUAAUUCAAAGCAAUAGAAAUAUUCAUUCAAACUUAAAUUUAUUGGAAUAACAUUAAAUUGAAAUAUUGUCACCUAUCAGCAGUAAAGUAGAAAACGAUUAGUUUGGUCCCAAUGAACAUGAAAUAGAUUGUAAUUCUGAUUAAAAUGAUGAUCACGAUGAAUAAGCAGCCUAAAUACCACCUAAAAUUCCAUAUAAAAAUUGA